AAGUUUGGGGUGUAUAUAUCAAAAACGAUUUUAACAAUUGGGAUAAUUAUACUGCCGGUUGAAAAAGUGCACCUAAAAUUCUGUAAGCUCUACUUGGGCUUUGGCAGAAAGACGAGUAAUAUCGCCUCAAGAAGCGAACUUGGAAAAUAUUCAUUAAUUAUCAAUGUAUUCAAAAGAAUCUUCAAGUACGUCACUCAUCUUAACUCACUUCCUGAAACAACCAUUUCAAAACAAGCUUUCCUCAUAUCAAAAGAUUUAUUUAUUAAAAAGAGCAAUUCUUUCUAUGGAAAAGCAAUGGAUAUAGUGAAAAUCUUAAAUUGUAAUAGAGCAAUCCCAGACCCAGAUUCACUCACAACCAAUCUAGUUGAAUCAUGCGUUAAAGAUACUAAAGAAAACUACCAGAGAUUCUGGAGACAUAAACUUGAAAACUCAUCCAAACUUACCUUCUACACAAACAUAAAGGAAGACUAUGAGCUUGAAACUUAUUUGACCACCAUAACUAAUUCAAACCAAAGAAAAAGUUUAACACAGCUCCGACUCAGUAAUCAUAAACUAAUGAUUGAACUCGGCAGAUACGAAAACAUCCCGCGAGAUGACCGAAUAUGCAAGUCUGCCAGGCAGGAGAAAUUGAAACGGACCAUCACUUCCUAA